GACCGCGCCUUAAAACAUGGCCGAGUCUUCUGGUGAUGAAACCUCAUUGCUACUGCCUCAGCAUUUACAGGCAAAGCUAGAGCAGGACUGUAUUCAGAUUGUACAUUUUAAAAAGCUACAUUCUCUUCCUGUUGAUAUGUCGGUUGAGACAAUAUUAAGAAAUUAUUGGACGUAUGCUAACGACAUGGCUACUGAAGAAACUAAUAUACCUAUACUUAAAGAAGUGUUAGAUGGAAUCAAGAUCUACUUUGAUUUCAUGUUAAGAGAUCACUUACUCUACUCCGAAGAGAGGCAUCAGUAUGAUCUUGAGAUAACUAAAAAGCGUCACCUGACUAACACUAAUUGCGUUAACUCUGACGAAGGAACUCCUAAUAUUAAUAAUGAUGAUACAGUCAUGAUGCCGUCAUCUGUUUAUGGCAUUAGUCAUCUAUUGAGAUUAUUUGUGAAAAUGCCUCUUUUUCUCAUUCAGGCCAAGUUUCCAACUACUCACAUUAAUCUAUUGAAUCAACACUUUAAAGACUUACUAACGUAUAUGUCUCAGAAUCCUGAUUUGUUAUUUUCUGAUGAGAAAUAUGUCAGUUCUGAUUCACUGGAUCUAAUCGCAUCAUCUCUCACCAGCAGCAACUCUAUUUCAACUUAAAAGUAUUUUAUUAAAAAAAUAAUUUUAGUACUGAAAUAGCAAAAAUAAUAGUGUUAUAUUUAACUUC